AUGGCAUACUAAUAAAUAAAUGACAACCUAUUUGAACAAUAGAUGGGAGAAAUCAAGAAUUUUAAAAUAGGAUAUUAGAAAAGCAUUCAUUAGCGAUAAAGAGUGCAUAAGAAUUAAUAAGGAGGAAAAUAUUAAAAAAAGGUGAGGGGUAGUAAAAAAAUAUCGAAAAAACAACUAAGUAACAAUUUCUGUAAAAAGUCUUGUUAAUAAGAUGAAUCCAUAAAAAUUUAAUAAGAAGAUGAAUCAAUUAGCUUAAAUUAUUUUGGGGAGAACAGUAAUAAUGGAAUAGAGGAAAUCAAAGCAAGACUAUUUAGCUUAAACUUAGAGGAAUCAAAUCAAUAAUUUUAUGCUGUAUUAGACUCUAAUCACACAUUUGGUUUUAUUAAUUAAAAUCAAGUGAAAAAUAUUGAAUAAAAUAUAAUAAUUUGA